AUGGGCAUAGUACAGCAUUUGACUAGCCAAGCUGCAAAGCUGCAACAUUUACCCUUUCAUUACGGGAUUGCCUUGCUACUGGCACUGACCUAUGGUCUUUGUCGCAUGGUCCGACCGAAAAAGAAGCAUAAUUUGCCAGUGUUUAGACUACGAGACAACAAUGUGCUGGCUGUUCUUACCGAGGCGUACAAACAGUACCCGACUUCGCCUUUUAUGCUCGAAUUGCCAGGGAUGGAAAUGGCUGUUCUGCCACCCGCCGAUGUAGACACCAUUCGUGGGCUCCCCGAGUCAGUUGUGUCAAUCAAGAAACACCAUUAUGAUGUUUUUCUCGGCGAAUAUACCUACAUGGGUACCAAGUCAGACGAAUUCGACUCAGCAAUGCGCAACGUUCUCACUCGCAACACCCCGGCCGUUCUCGAGUCAUUCACCGAUGAGGUCGAAUAUGCAAUUUUCAACACAAUCGGCCCGUGUAAAGACUGGACGCCAAUUAUUGCUCGCAAGGCCAUGUGCAAAGUCGCAUCUCUUAUGUCUGGAAGGGCAUUCGUGGGACUUCCACUAAGUCGUGAACCAGACUGGGUCGAAGCCAAUGUCAAUUAUACAGCCGAUGUCUCCAAGGCUUGGAUGAUUCUCAAGAUGAUCCCUCAGCCUAUCCGGUUUUUCGUUGCCCCAUUUCUCCCUCAGGUACGAAGCUUGAAGCGUCAGCGGAAGAAUAAUGAGGCGAAACUGGCACCACUUCUGCGAGAGAAACAGGACUCGUCUUCUGCUACUUCUGCCA